CUUUCCUUAAGAAGUUCAUUAACAUGGAAUUUUAUAAACAAUGUGUUAAGUUUUAAGUAACGAAUCUUCUGUAUUUCCCUAUGUUGUAAUCUACUGGAAACUUUUAAAUACAACAGCUACUUUUUGGACAAUAAAAAGAUACAAUGGCUGGGAGGGGCAGAGGCCGGGGCAGACAGGCUCUGUCAUUCAACGUCGAGGCGCUUGGGAUCAUGCACGGAGAGGCAUUGCCUGGGCCGUGCCUCCAGCCGCCGCCUGCGUACCCCCUCUUGGAGCAACACCCGGCACCUCUCGUCCUCACCCCGGCCUCCGUCAUACAGCUAGCCUAUAAGGUAGACCUCCUCAAUUACAUGUCCAAGGAAGCUAAGGUAGUCAAUUAUCCUUGGGAUUAUUUCCCCUCUGAACUGAAGCCAGGCGUCAAGAAGAGGAAGGCUACUCCAAGCGAUGCUGCACCCAGUACGUUGAAGAAAACAGCAUUGAAAACGGCAAAUAUUGAUCAGUUGCUUGCCAAUCUUGAAAAAAAUGAAACAACUCAGGUAAAGGUAGAGGUUGACGAAACAGAAGAGGAUAAAGAAAAAGUUGAUGACGAAGAAGAAGAAUUGAUAGAUACUGAUGAAGAAAUGGACGAUGGUACUGAUUAUAAUCAAAAUUAUUUUGAUAAUGGAGAAGGAUACAUAGAUGAUGAUGAUGAUAUGGAUGACGGUCCAAUUUAUUAAUAUGUUCCUUACAUUUUAUUGUAAUAUAUUGUUUUAUUUACUAUUACAUAUACUGCAAUGUAUAUAUGUACUGUAAAAUAUACUUUAUUUUAUGCUUA